GGCUUUGAGUUCCAGGUCGAGACGUUUCAGAGCCAGGGGAGGGUCGACAGCGCGGGGUUGGAGGUGGCCGACGUGGGCCACGAGGCCAGCCUCGACUUCGUACGCCAGAGGGGGCGUCGUGGAGCUCAGGAGCGGCCGCAUACGAUGACGGACCGCAUGCAGAGCCAGACGGACUCAGCAUGGGUCUACGGGGCCACCGGGACCUACGUUCCAGAGAACCUCAACAAGGGCGAGAAGGGAUGGGCCUGUUUGGCCGGGUGGGUGCUAUAUUGGUCGGCGCGCCUGGCCGAGGAGUUCGGAAGUAUGUGCCGCGCCAAGCGCUUCUGGCCGACCAACCUGCCCAAGUCUCUUCGCCGCCUCUCGGAGGCGUACGAGACGUGUUGGCACCCACCGACGCUCGUGAACUACGGAGCCAACUCGUGGGGGAAGUGGUUCGUAUGCAGCGGGUGCACGAUGAGGGUCGGAUACUGGGAGCUGAGGCCGACAAAAGGGACCGUGAAAGAGGAGAAGAUGUGCCUGUGCAAGAAGAAGGACGCCGCGUGCACGCUGCGUGGACAAGGUUGGGCUCAGGGCGCGACCGCCGAGCCACAGUGGCAGGCCUUGAUGUGCGUGCCCAAGCCACCUCCUGGGGCCGAAAGGGCUCCGUUGCCUCUUCACCCAGGCAUGAUGGCCGGAGGUCUGGCGGGCGGCUCAGUCAUGACGGUUCGGCAGCCGGCGUAUCAGCGAGUGGCGGAGGACGCGGCGAAGGUCACCGAGGCGCUGCAGAUGGAUCAGGCGGAACAGAGGUCCGCAGCAGCAGCAGCUCGCCGGGCGUCCUCAACGAAGCGCAAGCCAGAGAGCGACACGGAGGCCAUGGACACCGCCUCCGACCCCCUCGAGGAGAUGCGCGAGUACCAGGCCAAGACCGAGAGGGACAUGAAGGGCAUGGUCGAGAGUCAAUUUCAGGAGAUGAAGGCCAUGAUCCAGGGGGUGAUGGCCUCGCAGGCGUCGCAGCAGGAGGCGCUCGAGCGGGCCACGACCACCGUAAAAGAGCAGAUGACGGCGAUCGCGACCGCCCAGGGACAGGCGCAGGAGGCCAGCCGAAUGAUCAGGGCCAUGGCGCAGGGCAGCUCGAGCAGCAAGGCGGACCAGGUCAAGGUCACAGCCGCUGCAAUCGACUCUCCCCCCAAGGCGGAGGCCAGGGCACCGCAGGCUCGGGAGGUUCCACAACGGCCAGUGCCGUCGGGGCAUCCUUCGUCACUGGGCCAGCAGAUGACCGAGCCACAGCCUCAGAGCCCACCACCUCUCGCAGCGGGGGCGCCGCCAGGGGUGGCUCCAACAGCGUGGGCCUACAUUGGGACAGCACCGCUCGACGGGGCGAGCGUGCCAGCGGCGAUGGCCUCCCAGGCGAUGCUGCACCAGCAGGCGGCAGCCAACGCGGGGGCGCCACAGCCGACGAGGUCACCAGCGCUAGGAGGCUAUCCGACAUACGGUCUCCCGGUCGAGCAGAAGAAGGACGCAGUGACUCCUCCCCGCAAUCCGGAUCGUCUCUUCACUGCGGACGAGAUGCCGAUCGGCUCCACGGGGACGCUGACCACGGAGGCCAGCGUUUCACUCCUGGGCACGGACCUGGCAGCCCCGCCAACGGCAGCAGUCGGUCCCUACGGCAAGGGCAACAACAAGGGCAAGAGUACUCCCUCACGCCAGCCGGAGAACCGAGACCCGUGGGCGCCGGGCCCGGAGGAGAAGGCCGCCGAGAAGCGGCGCCAGGAAUACCACGAGUGGAAGGAGGCCGGGUGGAAGACCUUCCACAACGGCCGCUGGACGUGA